AUGUCGGGCCCAUCCACAAACAUCUGUGGUUGUGAAAAUUCUGCAAGUUCUCUUGCAUCUUGUCUUCCAUCUAAAGGCACCUUCGACUUCAGUAUCCUCGCAUCUAUCAAUCAACCACUAAACGAUUACUGGAAGCUUGUCGAGGCUUGCAAACAUCCUAUCCAUAGUCACGCUCUUGUCUCUGCUGCUAUCCAUAUAUCCGAGACCAUCUUUUCCCUAUGCGAUGCUGCAUGUGCCUCCUACGGCCUCUUCGAGGGCGGUGUUACAGCCAGUAUCGAUAAUGACAAAAUAUCGAUGGCGGUAUGCUCGAACGACGACGGUAGCACUUCUCUAUCCUGGAAGUGUUCUAAAAUCCCCAUGUUGCUGGGUAAAUUUGCCCUCCAAGGAGAAGAAGAAAGUCUCUUAGCUCGACAGAUUAUCUGUGGGGUGUUGACGAAUCUGAGUAGUCUGCUGCGCGAGAUGGGUUCCCGUGAUAAGACAUCUGGCUCACCCAGCUUGUGUGGCCGCGAGGAUGGACAAGUCGGUCGCAUACUCUCGAGCAUUUUAUCGCUCUUGGGCAAGGUGUCAUCUGAGUAG